GUCAUCUCAAACGCUAGACAACGGAGUGAGAGAAGGCAGUUGACAGGAAAAUGGCCUCCAAAUCGUACAACAAGGAUCGAGAUAAAGGAAUUAUAUUUUCAAAGAAAGCGGACGAUAUAGAUCCCUAUGAUGAUGAUCCUGCCAUCUUGAGAGCAGUGGCAUCUUGCGGCCAUGUUGUUUCUCCCAAUUCUAUGACUUCGUGGUGUGGCCGUGAACUAAACUUGGGUAAACAUGUGUUUACCUGUCCUGUUAAUGGAUGUGGUAAGGUGUGGUCAUAUGAAGAGGUGCGUAAACUUGCUCUUCUUACACCUGACGAGACGCAACACUUUGAAAUGACUUUGACCAGCCUUGCUUGUGGAGGGAGUCAAAAGAAGUCAUGCCCUGGCUGUGAGAUGCUCAUUCAAAGAGAAGACUCUAGCAACCUGAACGUCAUCUGCAAACUUUGCUCUAUAAAGAAUAAAAAACCUUUUGAGUUCUGCUGGCAGUGCCUAAAGGAGUGGAUGGGUACAAGACCACGUUCUGACAAAUGUGACAACAGCGGUUGCUUUAAUGCUGCACUAAAACUUAUGGAGGAUUGUACCUUCAUGCCGGUGAAAUGGGGCGUUGCCAAUUGUCCCUCGGUACGUGCUUGUCCAACCUGUGGCACGCUGGUGGAACAUAAUACACAACACUGUAAGAAUGUAAAAUGUCUGAAUUGUCAAAAAGAGUUCUGCUUUGUUUGUCUUAAGCUCACAUCAGAAUGCCAGAAGCUGAAACCAAAAUCAUACUUCAGUACUUGUGCUGAUGGAGUUGUUGCACCAAGGCAGACUAGCUUACCUUCCUGGAACAGUAAAUAAAUGUGUCAGAAAAUCAGAAUCAGAAACAAGUGAAAGUACAGUAACUGUCGAUAAAUCAAAAUAGUAAAGAUAACAGUAAAGAUUAAAUAAAAUCCAUGUAAAAUAUUUUGUGUUUGUCACAAUAUACAUUUGAACUUAAUUUGGCCUUUGUGAAAUCAACCAAAUCAUUAAAGUUUGUUCAUAAGUAUUCAACCGUGAUAAUCCACGCACAAGCAUUAAAGUGUAGAUGCAAAGGUAUAAUUAGGCAAAGCAUUUACUGUUCUGGUUCAUAAGAAUUGUUUAAUACUUUCUGGAUGAAAGCUAGAUGAAAAAAAAGUUGUUUAUCUGUAGCAAGGUCAUAUCCAGUUUCCACAUACCACACUGGGGUAAUAGUGUCUGUAUGUGUCCAUGAUAGUGAAGGAGCUACAUAUCUGGAUCAAAGGUCCUCAAGAUUCAAAUCAGUUUGAGUCAAUAUAAUUAGGCUUCUUCUUCAUGCAUUAUAUUAAAACAAUUUACUAAACAUUAUUUUAUGUAUACAAGCUGCAUCCUAUAUUCAUCUCUGACCUUGUCUCAGUAUCUCAUUAUUGAUCACUUCUAAAAAUGUAACCUGUCGCCUCCUACCACUGGCUCAAAAGUUAGUGCUUGUAACUUUCUCUGACUCAUCACCUACAUACCAUGGCUUUUAUCUCUGCUGUAAUGUGCACACCCACAUGAUUAACUGUAAUUUUCACAUAUGCACUCGCUCCAAGGGUCUACCCCCCGCUAUGAGUGCUUUUCUUCUACCUCAAUCAUGCCUGGGUUGUAAUCGGAGUUUCAGCUGUUCGAUUGCCACCACCAGUGUCCGGACUCCAUGGGGGUAUAAAUAAAAAUGAAAACAAAUAUAAGUUUUUAUUUGAUUACCUGGGUAAUAUGAACUUCUAUAAACUUCUCUAUUCAAACAUAAACUGUACUAAUGCAGCUUUGAAACUAGAAAAAAAUACACAUCCACAGAUAGGCAUUUCUACCCUGUUCUGGUGAUUAAUUUGUUAUGUUAUAAACCAUUUACAAAGUUGGCACUAGCUAAGCCCUUGUUAGUUGCUGUUGUUCAGAGGCUCUGUGAACAUAGUUCAGCUGUAAACCAUAAGAGGGUGUGAUACAUAACAAAUAACCCAAGGGCUGUGCUGCUGUCAAUAGGGUUAAGUUUCUGUUGCUGUCAGAAUGUCUGGGGAAUUCCAAAACAAUAAGGUCUACUUUCUGUUUCACUUUCAUGACCUUGCCACCUCAAUUUAUUUAUAAAUGCAUUGUUACAUAUACCAUCAACAAUAUUGCCAGCAUUCUGAUUCAUUAAACACAUUGACUGCAUAAAAAGUAAUGGCUUGGCUAUGUAUCGGUUUGACAUUUGGAAUCAUCCAAGUUAUCCAGUCAGGCGUCCAAAUAAAAACAAAAUCUUCAGUACUUUUUUCCUUGUAGAAAUAUCAAAAACCUU